GGCUUAUGAUAAACCGUUGAGCCUCGGAUUAAAACGGAGGAGAGAAUUUCACACCCUCGACUCCGCUAAAGGGUCCUGCCGCUGUUUCCUAGUUAGUUUCUGUUUCCGUUCCGAGUCGACAUGGGGAGCUGCUUAACGGUCGGGCCGAACGAAGCUCUGGUGGUCUCCGGUGACUGUUGUGGCUCUGAUACAAAGACCUACGCCGUGGGAGGAUGGGCCUGGGCGUGGUGUCUCAUCUCGGACACCCAAAGGAUAACCCUGGAGAUCAUGACUCUGCAGCCCCGAUGUGAGGAUGUGGAGACGGCAGAGGGGGUGGCCAUCACUGUCACCGGGGUAGCUCAAGUGAAAGUGAUGACUGAGCAUGACCUACUGGCAAUAGCCUGUGAGCAGUUCCUGGGUAAAUCAGUUGUGGAGAUCAAAGCUGUGCUUCUGCAGACUCUGGAGGGACAUCUGCGCUCCAUUCUAGGUACUUUGACUGUCGAGCAGAUUUAUCAGGACAGGGACCAGUUCGCCAAACUGGUGAGGGAGGUAGCGUCUCCCGACGUGGGCAGGAUGGGCAUCGAGAUUCUCAGCUUCACCAUCAAGGAUGUGUUUGACAAACUGGAUUACCUGAGCUCUCUGGGGAAGUCCCAGACUGCAGCCGUGCAGAGGGACGCCGACAUCGGCGUGGCCGAGGCAGAGAGGGAUGCUGGGAUACGGGAAGCAGAGUGUAGGAGGGAAAUGAUGGAUGUCAAAUUCAAAGCUGACACCAAGAUGGCCGACUCCAAACGGGAACUGGAUCUGCAGAAAGCUUCUUUCAACCAGGAAGUCAACACGAAGAAAGCGGAGGCCCAGCUGGCGUACGAGCUGCAGGCGGCCAAGGAGCAGCAGAAGAUCCGCUUGGAGGAGAUCGAGAUCCAAGUGGUGCAGAGGAAGAAGGAGAUCACCAUCGGGGAGAGAGAGAUCGAUCGGAUGGAGAAGGAGCUCAUUGCCACGAUAAAGAGGCCCGCCGAGGCGGAGGCCUACAAAGUGCAGCAGCUGGCUGAGGGCCACAAGACGAAGACGGUGCUAAUUGCCCAGGCUCAAGCAGAGAAGAUCAAGAGCAUCGGAGAGGCGGAGGCGUGCUCCAUCGCAGCAGUGGGCAAGGCAGAGGCGGAGAGGAUGAGACUGAAGGCCGAGGCCUACCAGCUGUAUGGAGAGGCAGCCAAGACGGCUAUGGUCCUCGAGGCCCUGCCCAUGAUUGCUGCCAAGGUGGCGGCGCCGUUAGCCAAGACCAGCGAGAUCGUCAUCCUGAGUGGGGAGAGCAGCCGCAUCACGAAUGAGGUCAACCGCCUGUUGGCUGAACUUCCUGUGUCUGUCCAUGCUCUUACUGGAGUGGAUCUGACAAAGAUACCGUUGCUGCAGAAGCUGACCAACGCUCAAGCCUGAAAACCCGGCGACCACACACACGACUCUAGUAUCUGUUGUAUGCACUCUGAUGGACUGCCUUUAAUACACUUGAAGAAUUCUGUUGUUUUAUACGUAUAUAUAUAUAUAUAUAUAUACUGUAUUCCAAGUACAUUUGGGAAACCUCUGGUGCCUUACUUUAUACAGGGCCAGAAUAUCUGAACGCAGUGCUGCUCAUUAAUUUAUUUAUUUUUGACACAGGACCAUUUUGUGCUGUGAUUUGAAUUGAUUUUUUUAAUGAAUUUAAAUCGUAUAAGUCUGUUUGCAUGAAAUACCAUCAAAAAGAAGAGCUGCUAUUGGCCUGGUGUGAAGGCGGACGCACCUGCUGCAACUCAUGCUAACACCCAGUCUCUGGUGUUGGUACAUCAGGGCUCUGCUGCUUUAGAACACGAGGUCUCUGCUCUCACUUCUUACAUUCCGCAUGCUGCAGGCAUCUUGAUUUGUGCACCUCUUUCUCUAUCUUAAGAUACAUCCCCGUUUGCGAUCUUUUAUUUUGUCUUGUACAUGCUGUAAUUUUUAACUAUUUAUGUAAUUAUCUGUGUGGAUUAUUUUAUUAGUACAAUGUUGCAGGUGCUCGCAAUCGCCUAAGAAGCCCUCCCAUCCUUGUGUACAUGCUGCCUGUUGCCCUGAAAGAAGUUUAAGCCUCUACAAACCGUUGAUAUCGGGCUGAAUACAUAUGAUUAUUAUUGAUAUGCUCGCAGGGAAACAGGAUACUAAAUCUGAUCUGAGCUUGUCGUCCUUUUGAUAUUUAUAGUGGGUUUAAAUGUAAAGGUUAGUUAUUUGGGCCUUGAUUAAAAAAAAUGUGUAGGUGUUGAAAAAAAAAAAAAUUUCAUGGUCAUAAAUGACCGACUUGGAGUUGUGUGAAAUUAGUAUACAGCGUGGCAAAAAGCUUAAUGUGAAUAGAUUCUGAAAAUGAAAAGGGCAAACGGUGAUGCCAGAUAGAAUAGAUUGUCUUUUCAUUUUCAUUUCAUGAGAAGGACUUGGGGAUACUGCAAAGUUUAUCACCAGAUAUCCGUAGUCUGACGGUGCGUCAACAAACCAAACUUUCAGUGAAACUUGCUAAUUUAUUUACAAUGUUUGCACACGCCUACAUUGAUUUGUUUUGGUUCCGUUUUUUAUAACUGUGACUUGAACGAUAGAAGGAUCUUUUAGCAGAGUGCUUUAACUUAUCGAACAAUGUUUUAUCUAUUUUAAUAUUGUGAAGUAGUGUGUUUGUAACUGGUCACGAUGCUUUGUUGUUUUCAAGGUCUAAAACACCAAAAUGUUAAAGUGUCACUGCAGGAGUAGGAAAGGUUUUUAAAAAGUUGGCAGGUACAGUAUAUUAUCAAGCUUGACUGAUGAAAUGUAUUUCACUCACUUAGACACUUCCAGAAGAACUGACUUCUGCUCGUCUUCUCUCAAAGCUGUGAAAAGCUGCACUCGCCCACCCCAAACUAGCAGGACAGCGCUCUUUAGUUUUGAUCCUCGUAGCUCAGGCAGGUGACAUAUAAUAGUGGUAGUUUUAUUUACGGCUGAAGAAGCAGCCAGUGUGAGCAUACUGACACUGAAUUCACAGAGGACUGUUAUUAUUGUUGUUUGUGCUCCUCCUGAGUUGAUUCCUAUUUCUAUUAUUCUUUGCUGAUAUAGUGACUCGACAAAUACUGUGACCACAAUGUCCUGUGUGUGUGUGUAUAUUUAUACACACAUACAUGACAUCUUUGUGUUAUAUUCCUAAUGUUAUUUACAACACGUACACUGAUGAAUUCCUGUAUGCUCUUGCUGCAUGUCAUACAUCUGUACUCUGAACAAUCCAUUCACUCUCAGCUAAUUGUCUUUAUGAUAAAUUGAAAAAUGACUAUUUAUUGCCAUUUACAGUUUUGGAAAGUUUUUGUUUUUGUUUUUACUCCUGACAGCUUCUUAAUCUUGGUUCAAGGCAUGGUGAUGUACAAUGUCAUUUAUUUACAUAUAUAAAUAUAGCUAAAAAUCGUUCAAAUAAAACCAGUCAAAAUCUC